AUGUCGCUUGAAAAGUUAUCGCCAGAGGUUCUGCAACUCAUCCUCCGUUUUGCUCACCCGUCGGCGCACUUCUCUUUCGCCCUGACGUCCAAAACUCUAUAUGAAAACUCUCUCAACAUCCUUGAAAGACAUCGCGCGGCAGAUCAAAAAUACGCCAUCACAUCGGAUAUCAACCCUCUAAAUACUAUCCCAGACCUGCUAAGAAGCGCGUAUGGAUCCGGCGCUGACGGCAUCGAAGCAUGGCAUGUGCGUGAGCUAGAGGUCUGGCGAGAUAGGUCUUUGUGGGAGGAGUGGACAGAAUGCGAUCUUAGCACAGAAGGGAAAAUCUCCUCUGAGAAAGAUUCUUCCAUCACGUCGCCCUUUUCAUUAGGCGAGCAAAGAAAAUUUCUUCACAACUCGCCGUGGGGCGAGGCUCUGUUUUUGGAGGGAAACGAGGAGCUUUUCGCCAGCGCACAACGCGAAAUACGAUCAGGCCAGGAUGGCUUUCUGAAAAUGUUACUGAUCGCAGGACUUCCCCGUUUAGAAACUCUCAAAUUUGUUAAAGACGGCAAGAAGCGCCCUGCUAGUUUUAUAUGGCUAAGCAAAGCCAUGAAGCAAAGCAUCAAGACCAACAGCUGGCCGCCGGGGCUGCAGUCCCUGCGCAAAGUCUACGCCGGCAUCGCGGUCGACCUAGAAUCAGAAAGCAUCGCUAUUCCAAAGGGCGGUAUCGAGCUUGCCAGACUACUGCGACUACCAAAUAUCGAAGAGAUUUAUUUCUGCGAUUUAGACCUGGUCUUCCCUGAAUACUUUGACCCAGAAUUAUAUGAGCGCGAUCCGAGCCAUCCGGAGGCGGGAACCAAAUAUGACAAGAUGGAUUACGACGAUUACUGGGAGAUGGAGGAGAUUUUAGCACAACGCAAGACAUCAACCGUCAAAAAACUGAUUCUCGACAGAGUAGCGUCAUUUGAUUAUGAUGCUCGGGAGAUCAUCCUCGGCGCCCCCAAAUCGCUUGAGUCAUUUCUUGUCCGAGGCAUUAAGAAUUUUCUACCAACAUAUGAUCAUCCCCACACCAGAUUUAACCAAUUUCUUACGAUCGUCACCGCUCUAUCAAAGUAUCAGAAUCGCUCACUUCGGGAUCUGGUCGUCUAUGAAAAAGAACACAUAGAUGGAGACCCUCGAUACCACCUCUAUUCGCCACCGGAAUUAAAGAACUUUAAUCGUCUGCAGAUGGUAAGCGUCUGCCUAGAGGAUAUGAUUCCUACACCAACUUGGACACCAAAUACAACCUGGAGCCGCGAGGUCUCGCUGCACAGAAACGAUCCAAAUUAUCCGAGCUUGGUUCAGAAAUUUAUAGAUGCUUUCCCCACAAGUAUUUCCGCGCUGGCCUUUUGCAGUACUAAAGCGAACGUCUCAUAUACUGCCAACAAGUUAGACUACCUUGAGGAUGGCUUGAUAGCCAUGAUAGAAUCAGGAAAGUAUUCAAGCCUGACAGACAUUUAUAUCGACGACGUUGAACGCCAUUCACUAGAGCCAAGGACCACUAUCGCAUUUCGAAAAGCGAUAAGAGUAGGACUUGAACGAGGUGUCAAUAUCCAUACUCUCACCAAUAUCCAACUGUCAAAUCACCAGCAACCCGUCUUUCCGGUUAUGCCCGAUAAAUACUUCCUCGAAACGGGGCCUUUCGGGUUUCGAAGCCCUAAGCAAGUUUUCAACCCGUUAAGCGGAAGCUGGGCCAAACGUAGCUGCAGCGGUUGUGGCGCAUGUCAGGCGUGCACUCGUGCAUAUACCCAGGAUGCCUGGACUAUUUUCAAAGCGACAGAAGCUAGAAGCUACGACUGA